AUGGUUUCCGAAAACAAGAAUCAAUCUUCGAUUUUGAUGGACAACUCCAAGAAGCUCUCUCCGAAGCCCAUUUUGAAUAACAAGAAUGAACCGUUUGGCAUCGGCGUCGAUGGACUUCAACAUCCUCAACCGACUUUAUGCCGCACAGAAUCGGAACUCUUGUUCAACUUGAGCCAAGUCAAUAAAUCCCAAAUAACUUUGGACGGUGCAGUUACUCCACCUGCUGAUGGUAAUGGGAAUGAAGCAAAAAGAGCAAAUCUCAUCUCUUUUGAUGUUCCAUCGUCUCAAGUGAAACAUAGAGGGUCUAUUAGUGCAAGGCCCUCGGCAGUGAAUGUGUCCCAAAUUACCGGGGCCCUUUCUCAAUCCGGAUCUUCUAGAAAUCCCUACGAUCAAACACAGUCACCUCCACCUAGCACUUACGCCUCCAGGCAGAACUCCACCCAUGGAAAUAAUAUCGAUAGCUUGCAAUAUUUGGCAACAAGAGAUCUUAGUGCUUUAAGGCUGGAAAGAGAUGCUUCCGCACGAGAAGCUACCUCUUCUGCAGUGUCCACUCCUGUUCAGUUCGAUGUACCCAAACAACAUCAUCUCCUUCAUUUAGAACAAGACCCGACAAGGCCCAUCCCUAUUGCCGACAAAAAGAAGAAAUCCAUGACAAAGGCAAUAAUUUCUACGCCGAAAUCGCCUGUCAUCCCAUUCACAGACUAUCUGCAACGUGAGGAUGACGACAAAAUCCAUAUUUUGAUUGGUGCUACUGGUAGCGUGGCUACUAUCAAGGUACCUAUGAUAAUCAAUAAACUUUUCCAGGUUUAUGGACCUGACAAAGUUUCGAUCCAGCUUGUAGUAACGAAAGCUGCAGAUCACUUUUUGAGAGGACUCAAAAUUUCUACCGAAGUCAAGAUUUGGAGAGACGCAGAUGAAUGGUUCAACCCUGGAGGAUGUCGUCCAGGAGAUGCCAUACUACACGUUGAGUUACGAAAGUGGGCAGAUAUAUUUUUGGUUGCUCCAUUAUCGGCAAACACUCUUGCCAAGAUAAGCAAUGGUUUAUGCGAUAAUCUACUUACCAAUACCAUUCGAUCAUGGAACCCUACAAUCCCAAUCUUUAUUGCGCCCGCUAUGAACACACUAAUGUACACUCACCCAAUCACCAAAAAGCAGCUGAACAUAUUAACUGAAGAAUUCAAGCACGUAACCGUGCUGACCCCAGUUGAAAAGGUGUUGAUGUGUGGAGAUAUUGGUAUGGGCGGUAUGCGAGAAUGGAGUGAAAUAGUUCUCCUGCUUACCAAGAAAAUCAAAGAAAUUACUAAACAGAAAGAGAAAGAAAGAGAAGGUACCGCGGGUGUCGGACCGGAUGGAAAAACCGGUGAGGAAGAUGUGGGAGGUGACGUCGGCGCAGAAGACGAAGAUGAGGAUGAAGAUGAGGACGACGACGACGACGAAGAUGACGACGACGAUGAGGACGAUGACGAUGACGAUGACGACGACGAUGACGACGACGAUGAAGUCCAAGAUGAAUUCGUCGACGAUGAAGAUAGUAAGUCCGUUGACGCCAAGGAUAACGACAAUGAUGACGACCAAAUCUUAGGAGAACUUGAAAAUUGA